AUGCAGGACGCGGUUGGUGGCUUAAAUCUUUUGCUAUAUAAAUAUACAGUUUGCCACAAUUCAACAAACAUGACAAAGAUUUCAACCUCCAUUAUAAUUGACGCGCCUCCUUCAAAAGUAAAGGAGGUAUUCCUUGAUUUUAAAUCGUAUCCCUCAUGGAAUUCGUUUGUGACAUCAAUAAAAGGUGACUCACAAGAAGUAGGGUCAAUCCUUAAUGUGGAGAUUACGCCUCCAGGUAAAAGUAAACAACAAUUCAAGCCAAAGAUUGUCGAGAAUUCUGAUACCAAAUUUGCCUGGGUGGGAAGUCUUGGUUCUGAAUACAUAUUUAAGGGUCAUCACCAAUACGAGUUCAUAAGUGUUGAAAAUGGAACCAAAACCAAACUUGUUCAAAGUGAAGAUUUUUCUGGAAUUCUUAGUUCCCCUUUACUUUAUUUGGUUAAGGCCAGCACACUUAAGGGUUUCGAGAAUCUGAAUGAAGAUUUGAAGAAGAAGGUUGAGAGUUCGUGA